AUGACCAGCGGACCUGUGUAUCUCGGAUCCUCGUAUGUAGAGGAGGCUCUUCAGAGAGCCGCUGAACUGACUGAUGCAGCUUAUGCCCACACAAGUGAAAGAGUGAAGAAGUCUCUGUCGGAGGGGGCUCUGAGACCCAGUGACCUCUUGGCCCAAUUCAAACAGACUGGACCCAGAACCAGAGCUCACAUCCGGGCAGCCGAGCUGCUGGACAACACAGUGGAGCUGAUCAGAGAGAUGGUCUACACCAACACCAUGACUCAGCCCAGCUCUGAUGAGUUGCUGAGUGAUGGAGCCAUGGAGACUCUGCUACAGGCAACAGGCUGUUCCUCUGGACUCCAGAUCCCCCGCUGUCAGACCGACUGUCUAACUGAAAGAUACAGAUCCGUCUCGGGGGAGUGCAACAACCGACAGCAUCCGAGAUGGGGGGCUGCAAACAUCCCAUAUUAUCGCUGGCUGCCUCCAGAAUAUGAAGACAAUAGGGGGAUGCCGAGAGGUUGGGACCCGGAACACACUUAUUACAAUUUCAGCCUGCCCCCGGUACGACUGGUGUCCCAGGAAGUACUGUACACUCACAAUGACAACAUCUCUCUGGACUCCACUUUGUCUCAUUUGCUGGUGGAGUGGGGCCAGUGGAUAGACCAUGAUCUGGUCCUGACUCCUCAGAGCCCCAGCACAUCUGCCUUCAGGUCAGGAGCUGACUGCACCCGCACUUGCAGCCGAGAAACCCCCUGCUUCCCUAUACAGAUCCCAUCUUCAGACCCUCGCGCCGGCAUCCAGAGCUGCAUGCCUUUCUUUCGCUCUGCCCCGAGCUGUGCCGGUGGGGCGUCGCCCCGUCGUCAGCGGGAGCAGCUCAAUGCCAUCACCUCAUUUGUGGAUGCAAGUAUGGUGUACGGCAGCUCGGCCAGCCUGGCCUCGGCCCUUCGAAACCAUUCCUCCCCCCUGGGAUUAAUGGCCAUCAACCCCCAGUACUCAGACCAAGGCCUGGCCUACAUGCCCUUCCUGCCUCGCUUGCAGGCUCACCUCGACCCCUGUGGCCCUCGGGACAGAGACAAUUCCACUACCCCAGAGGCACCAGCUAGAUCCACACACCAUGACAACACCACGUCCUGCUUUCAAGCAGGGGAUUCGAGAGCCAAUGAGCAUUUGGGAAUGAUUGCACUACACACUCUGUUUCUGAGAGAACACAACCGGCUGGUGAAGGAGCUGCACAUGCUCAACCCUCACUGGAGCCCUGACUCUCUGUAUCAGGAGGCCCGCAAGAUAAUGGGAGCAAUCCACCAGAUCCUGACGUGGGAGCACUACUUACCACGGAUCCUGGGGGAGAGUUCCCAUCUGAUUCCGCCUUAUGAAGGCUAUAACCCCGAUGUCAACCCUAGCAUCACUAAUGUCUUUGCAGCUGCAGCAUUUCGCUUUGCCCAUGUCACCGUUCAGCCAGUAGUGGCCAGGCUGGGUCCUGGGUACACCAUUAACCCCCAGCAUCCAACCCUGGCUCUGCAUCAUUCCCUGUUUGCCUCUUGGAGGGUUGUGCAGGAGGGUGGUAUAGACCCCGUGUUGCGUGGUCUGCUGCUAUCUCCAGCCAAGCUCCAGAUACCAGGCCAGAUGAUGGUGGAGGAGCUAACAGAGAGGUUGUUUCAGGCACAAGGAGGGAUGCCUUUGGACCUCGGGGCCCUUAAUCUUCAGAGGGGCCGAGACCAUGGCCUGCCUGGAUACAGCUCAUGGCGAAAGUUCUGCGGCCUCUCCGUUCCAAACACGACAUCGGAUCUGGCUGACACCAUAGGAAACCUCACCCUGGCUCACAAGGUCCUGGCACUGUACGGGACGCCUCACAACAUUGACCUAUGGGUCGGGGCCAUCGCCGAGCCCGCUCUGCCAGGAGGACGGGUCGGACCGCUUCUGUCUUGUCUGUUAGCCAGACAGUUCAGAGCCUUGAGGGAUGGGGACAGGUUCUGGUGGGAGAAAGAGGGGGUGUUCACCAGCAGCCAGAGGAGACGCCUUCACACAGUAUCUCUCUCACGCAUCAUAUGUGAUAACAGCCACAUUACGCAUGUCCCCGCUGACCCCUUCUCCCGCACGAAGAGGCCCGGGGACAUGCUGGCCUGCUCCAGCCCCCUCCUCCCCCAGGUCGACCUCAGGCCCUGGAAAGAACCAGACACAGAUUCCAGUUGUGGUCCAAUACCCAGGAUACAGUCUGGAUACUCUCAGCUCUGUGAUUCUCAGAUCCUGUACCAGUGUCAGUCUGGCUUCAAACUCCUGGGCUCCUCUUCUGUCACCUGUGAUCCGGACAGCCAGCAAUGGAGUCCUGCACCCCCUUCCUGCCAUGAUAUUAACGAGUGUGACGAACUGACGUCCCCUUGUGCCCAGGAUCUGGAGUGUCAUAAUGUACCAGGGUCCUUUAUUUGUUCAGACCCCUCUCCGCUGUCUGUUGUCUCGGUUGUCACUGCAGUCACAGCAGUGAUUGGGGGCGCGGCCAUGCUGGCUGUGAUCAUGAUUUGUUAUCAAAGAUAUUUCCCAGUGAAACAAGAACCGGUGAAUAGUGGAUGCUGCGAGGGGAAACGUUGAUCAACCAUCUUGGAAAAAAAUGUGAUGCACUGUUUGUUUUUACCCGUCAUAUAAAUAUCUUCUUGUCUUCAGUGUGUUUCACGUUUACACGUUUAUUGUUCCAUAGUUCAAAGUCUGCAGCAGAGCCCUGCUGACUUUGUGUUUGAGUUGUGCUAAACUGGGCUGUAUUUCCACCAAUGUAAAACAGGU